GUUAAAGGACACGUUCACAAUUUUUCAAGUGUGUCUUAAAACAGCAGUCAGAUGUCCAUAUGAACACUGAAAGAGGUUUUUCUUCGCUGUUAUCAUUCCUCCUGUUCAUACUGGCUGUAAAGAUCCCCUUCAUAAUCCUCAGUGUGUCCACCAGGGGCGGCUGUGGCAUAAACUACAUUGAAGGUGAACACUCUACUAUGAGUGUGUCUGAGGAGACAGAGGACGGGGUCUUUACCUCUAAAGCCGAUCUGUCUGGGCAAUAUGACAGCCAGACUGAAGCUAUGGGCCCAGUGAAGCAGAAGAGACCAGACUCAUCUGUACCCAGCUGUGUGUCCAUGACAAGCGACCAGUCUAAACGUGAACCCAUUGAGUUCAAGCAGGGAGCGCAGAUUGUGGAGCCAAGCCAAGUGAGUCAGAAGACACCAGACUCACCUGUACCAAGCUGUGUGUCCAUGAAAAGUGACCAGUCUAAACGUGAACCCAUUGAGUUCAAGGAUGGAGGGCAGAUUGUAGAGCCAAGCCCAGUGAAGCAGGACAGACCAGACUCACCUGUACCAAGCUGUCUCUCCAUGAAAAGUGACAAGUCUAGACAUGAACCCAUUGAAUUCAAGGAGAGAGGACAAAUUGCUGAGCCAAAACAUCACCGAAAGAGGUCCGAAGUUCUCAGUGGUCGGCCUGCCUGGAAGCAUCAAACAAACUUGGACUCAAUAUUCAUGCUGCUUGAAGAGAACAUCAUGACUUUUGUGAAGAAUGAGCUGAAGAAGUUCAAGAAAGUUCUGAGUCCAGAAUGCUCAGAGAGGUUGAGAGGAGGUGAUGAAGUCAUGGGUGGUGAAGAAGAAGAGCAGAGCAGCAGCAAAAGAGAAGCCUUUCUGAAGAUCGUUCUGCAUUUCCUGAGGAAAAUAAAGCAGGAGCAGCUGGCUGACUCUCUGCAGAGCAAAACUCUGACUGUGGUUUGCCAACAUAAACUAAAGUCUAACCUGAAGAAGAAGUUUCAGUGUUUGUUUGAAGGGACUGCCAACGCAGGAAACCCAACAUUUCUGAAGCAGGUCUACACAGAGCUCUACAUCACAGAGGGAGGAAGUAGAGAAAUCAAUGAUCAACAUGAAGUCAGACAGAUAGAAGCAGCAUCACGAAAACCAUUAAAUUCAGAAACAACAAUCAGAUGUGAGGAUAUGUUUAAACCUGUACCUGGAAGAGAUGAACCAGUCAGAACCGUGAUGACAAAGGGAGUGGCUGGCAUUGGGAAAACAGUCUUAACACAGAAGUUCAUCCUGGACUGGGCUGAAGACAAAGCCAACCACAAUAUACAGUUUAUCUUUCCAUUCACUUUCCGAGAGCUGAAUUUACUGAAAGAGAAAAGCUUCAGCUUGGUGGAACUUCUGCAUCACCUCUUUACUGAAACCAAAGAAGCAGGAAUCUGCAGGUUUGAAGAUUUCCAGGUUGUGUUCAUCUUUGACGGUCUGGAUGAGUGUCGACUUCCUCUGGACUUCCACAACAAUGAGAUUGUGACUGAUGUUACAGAGUCCACCUCAGUGGAUGUCUUGCUGACAAACCUCAUCAGGGGAAAACUGCUUCCCACUGCUCACCUGUGGAUAACCACACGACCUGCAGCAGCCAGUCAGAUCCCUCCUGAGUGUGUUGGCGUGGUGACAGAGGUGAGAGGAUUCACUGAUCCGCAGAAGGAGGGGUACUUCAGGAAGAGAUUCAGAGAUGAGGAGCAGGCCAGCAGCAUCAUCUCCCACAUUGAGACAUCACGAAGCCUCCACAUCAUGUGCCACAUCCCAGUCUUCUGCUGGGUCAUUGCUACAGUUCUGGAGGAUAUGCUUAAAAUCACAGAGAGAGCAGAGCUGCCCAAGACCCUGACUGAGAUGUACAUCCACUUCCUGGUGGUUCAGACCAAACAGGGAAAUGUAAAGUAUCACAGCAGAGCUGCAACAUAUUCAGUCUGGAACAAAAAGACCAAGAAGAUGAUUCUUGCUCUGGGAAAACUGGCUUUUGUCCAGCUGGAGAAAGGAAACCUGAUCUUCUAUGAAGAAGACCUUAAAGAGUGUGGUGUUGACAUAAAAACCGCUUCAGUCUACUCAGGACUACUGACACAGUUCUUCAAAGAUGAGCGUGGGCUGAGCCAGGACAAGGUAUUUUGCUUUGUCCAUCUGAGUGUUCAGGAGUUUCUGGCAGCACUCUAUGUCUUUCAGACAUUCAUCGAUACUGGUGUCGAUCUACUGAAAAGAAGCUUGGCCUCUAAAUGUAAACAUCUCUAUCAGAGUGCUGUUGACAAGGCUCUACAGAGUCCAAAUGGACACCUAGACCUGUUUGUCCGCUUCCUCCUGGGCCUUUCAAUGGAGACCAAUCAGAUUCUCCUACUAGGCCUGCUGAAAAAGACAGAAAAUAAACCACAGGUCAAAGAGAUGCUUGUGCAAUACAUCAAGAGGAAGAUAAAGGACAGUCCCUCUCCAGAGAGAAGCAUCAAUCUUUUCCAUUGUCUGAAUGAGCUGAAUGACCAUUCUUUGGUAGAGGAGAUCCAACAGUACCUGAGAUCAGGAAAUCUCCCUGAUAACAAACUCUCUCCUUCUCAGUGGUCAGCACUCGUCUUCAUCUUACUGUCAUCACAAAAAGAUCUAGACGUGUUUGACCUGAGGAAAUUCUCUGCUUCAGAGGAGGGUCUUCUGAGGCUGCUGCCAGUGGUCAAAGCCUCCAAAACAUCUCUGCUGAGUGGCUGUAAGCUUACAUGGAGAAGCUGUGAAGCUUUGGCCUCAGUUUUCACCUCCAAGAACUCUAAUCUGAGAGAGGUGGAUCUGAGCAACAAUGACCUGAAGGAUACAGGAGUAAAGCUGCUCUCGGCUGGACUUGGAAGUCCAUGCUGUACAUUAAAGAUUCUCAGGUUGUCAGGCUGUCUGGUCACAAAGGAAGGCUGUGCUUCUCUGGCUGUAGCUCUGAGCUUCAACCCUUCCCAUUUGAGAGAGCUGGAGCUAAGUUUCAAUCACCCAGGAGACACAGGAGUGAAGCUGCUGUCUGCUGGACUCAAGGACCCACACUGGAAACUGGACACUCUCAACUUUGACAAUCAUGGAGAGUGUCGGUUGAAACCAUCUCCAUUUAGGUAUGCUUGUGAGGUUUCACUGGACCCAAACACAGCCCACAGAAAUCUCAUUCUGUCUGAAGACAACAAAGCAGUGAUGGUGGGAAAAGAGAAGCAGCCAUAUCCUGAUCAUCCAGAGAGAUUUGAUGAGUGGAAACAGCUCCUGUGUAGUGAUGGUCUGAAUGGAUGCUGUUACUGGGAGGUACGGUGGAGAGGAAGGGUUAAUAUCGGAGUGACAUACCGAGGAAUCAAGAGGAGAGGAGACAGUGAUGCCUGCUGUUUUGGAUGGAAUGAUCAGUCCUGGAGUCUGUUCUGCUCUGACAAGGGUUACAGUGCCUGGCACAAUUACACAGCAACAGACAUAUCUACAUCCCCGCCCUAUGACUCUAACAGAGUCGCAGUUUAUCUGGACUGGCCUGCAGGCACUCUGUCCUUCUACAGUCUCCCUUCCACAGUCUCUUCUAUCAAACACAUCCACCUCCACACCUUCCACUCCACAUUCACCGAACCCCUCUACCCUGCAUUUGGGUUUGAACGAACGCUGGAGUUUGGGUCUGACUGUAAAUUGUUACCAUCGUCUGUUUAUCUGUCACCAAUCUAAGAAUCAAUGUAGCCUCCCAUGUACAACAGUGGGUUUGCUAAUAUAUGUAUAACAAGAUUUAUUUCCCUUUUUUCAUCUUCUGUACAUUUUUAAUGAUGUUUCACCACAAAAAAUGGGCUUACUUUUUUAAUGUAUCAAAAUGUAAGAAAUAAGCCAUUAAUUACCUUAUUAAAAACUGUUAUAUAUGCAGUUAUGCGACAGCUAAGAUGAUGACAGUGAGGGUCAGUCUAUGGUGGAUAACAACUGAUUUGUACAUGUUGUGUUUACAGUUGUUCCAAACAGCUAUACUUUAGCUGAUAUUGUCUCAUUAAUAUGCAUUUAAAUAUACCCAUAGUAUCAAAAAAUCUUUAUGCAGGCUGUUGUAUGGACUGUGGCACUGAAGCAUCUGUCAGAGCAAGUGAGGUGAAAGAUUUAUCUCUGUAAUAGAGUGCAGAGAAAUUCUGACACACAUCAGCUCUCAACAUGGACUAGGAACGAUAUACCUCACCCUGACAAAAGAACUGCAGACUGUACAGUUAAAGCUGCUUGGUGUCAGGCUUUCAGUGAAAAGAGGAAGCUAGCUGCCCCACAGCGAAUGCAUGUGCAAAGAAAAACUAAUGUGGCAAUGAGUAAGCUCAAGAGGCAUCUCGAAACAAAACACCACUGUGGCAAAGAGAUUGAAUACUAAAGGUUUGUUCGGACGAAAGCGAAGCAAAUUUUUGCCUUGUGUCAUUUAUGCAACUUUAUCUGGACUGUAUCAGCCAACGUGCCAACUGUACAUUAGCUAGCAAUGGACACACUAACCGUAUCUGUGGGAGUGUGUCUGUGCAUUUGUGUGGCAGCUGAGACUCAAAAGGAACUCCAGUUCUUCAUGUUUUUUUUCCUCUAGCCUUUCCCCUUUGUCCUCUUGUCUCUGUAUGUUUAUGAAGCAGAUUCAUAACAGUUACAGACAAAGUCUUAGCUCAAUCUGAAACAUUUUCAACUUGUAUGGUCUUUGCAAAUGUACAAUGUAAGCCAAUUUUACAUUUACAUUUUUUUUUUUCUCAGCUGACCCCAGGGGGGCUCUGUAAAAUAUAGACCUGGAAAUGUGCAUUGUAUGUCUCCUUUAAAAUGACGCAUUGCUGUGAGUUGUUUGGACUAGAAUUAAUAUAUGGAAUAAUAUAUUUCUCUUUGAACCACCACUGUAUAUGUGUGUGUUGUCCUUGAACAGUAAUGUGCUAAUUAAUAUAACAUACAGUCAAAUCUAACAACAUUGGGUUUUAUUGGGAUAUGGGCACAUUCUCCAAUUUAUAUCUGGAAAUCACAAAAUUAUUUAGCUGUAGUAUCUCAAACAAAAACUCCUGACAACUGGUCAUUAAUUCAUUGUUAAUGCACUAGUUCCAAAAAGCAUCACCUACAUCAACAAAUCUUCAAUUAAGUCUUAAGUCUUGUUGAUGUUCUGCUCUUCGUCUCCAUUGUUGUUGUUGUUUUCAUGACAGUUGCAGAUAUUUACUUUACUGUGUCCAGAAUCACAUAUAAAGGUGAUCUAACUUCUUUUUUAGUUGUGAUUUUCCUUUAACUAAAGUGCUUUAUACUGUUUUGGCCAGUAGAGAGCAGGAUAUGCUCAUUUUUGCUAUAAUAUUUUGAGGGCAUCAACAAAGCUGUUGUUUCACAGGGAAUAUGUUAAAUUAACUCAGGUCAUCUAAAGAAAUAAAGAAUAAAGUAUAGGACAAUUUUACCAACUUCAAAUUUAGUAUCUUCCUGUUAUAACAACAGAUUUUUGUUCACAUCAGAACGAGACA